AUGCUACGGAGACCGGGCCUUCUCGCGUUUAUCGCGACUGUAGGCGUCUUCUAUCUGAUUGUCUGGCACCUUCUUCUCCGGGAGGAGCAUGCAGACGUUUCUGCUUGUGGCACUUCGCGUCAUCCGUGGUCGAAAGGGGGUCUGAAGGGUAUCCUUGGCAUAGGGACGAAAAAGCGACCAGAUCAUGAUGAUCAUCCCAUCUCCGAAUUGAUCGAUGGGGCAUUUACAAGUCUGUCGCAUCUUCUCUGCGAGCGCUCGUUCAGUCUUGAGCAGGCAGCCGACAGAUACCGCAAACGUCGUGGCCGACAUCCGCCUCCGGGGUUCGAUAAGUGGUUCGAAGCAGCUAAAGCGGCCGACGCUAUUGUCGUUGAGGAGUUUUUCGACCGUAUUCACCAUGAUAUCAAUCCAUUCUGGGCGGUUGAUCCGCUUGAACUGCGGCGACAGGCUCACUCUCAACCGCAAUUAAUUCGGGUCCGCCACGGAGAGGCUUUCUUCGAGACGGACACACUCAAUCGCCCCGAGUUUAUACAGCUGUGGACCAAGCUUGUGCAGGAGAUAAUGCCACACCUUCCGGAUCUAGACAUGGUCGUUAAUGUGAUGGAUGAAACUCGAGUUCUGGUACCGUGGGAAGACAUGACACGCCAUUUCGCAGCCGAGCAGGAGUCCCGGAAUCUUUUCCCCAUUUCCGAAGCCGUGAACGAAUAUACUGACUACGCAGAGUUCGACAAGCCAGGAUAUUCCGGAGCAUCUGAACCGCAUUGGAUUGGCGGCAGGCAGCAUGAAUACUGGGACUUCCUGGCUGCAGCAUGCCCGCCAGAUAGCCCAGCUCGGAAAUUCACGCGCCUAUCCAAUUUCUCUUCACCCAUUGACGAAAUAUUUCCCACAGAUACUCAGCCCUAUACAUACAAAGGCUUCGUAAAUAACGUCACGGCGGCCAGCGACCCGUGCCAGCAGCCUCAUCUGCGUGGAAUGCACGGGACGUUCGUGGAAAGCAUUAGCAUGUCAACAACGACCACCUUGUUUCCUAUGUUCGGCGGCUCGAAGCUGCCGCAGAAUAACGAGAUCCUGAUCCCGGGUGGUAUGUACUUGACUGAUAGAGAGUUCUAUUCCGGCGGCGACACACAUGGUCCGCCGUGGAGGCAAAAGAUGGACAAGGUUGUAUGGCGCGGCGUGGCCAGCGGCGGUAGAAACAAGGAGGAUAACUGGUGGCACUACCAGCGACAUCGCUUUGUGCAGAUGAUGAACGGUACAACAGUGGGGCGAGUCGAAAAUGGGGAGCCAGAAGCAGCACCGUCUUUCAUCCUCCCACCUCCCACCUAUUCCUCUGGUUUACAGCAACCGAAGGGCACUCUUGGGCCCUGGCUGUCUACAUUCACCAAUGUCAGCUUCGUCCAUAUGGAGUGCUUUCCGCCUAUAUACGACGCCGAAGGGCGAUACCUCCCAGACUGCCAGCACACGGACCCUUACAUGAGGGUCAAUGCACCGGUACCUAUGAAAGAGCAGUACAAGUUCAAGUUCUUGCCAGAUGUUGACGGAAACUCCUAUUCUGCACGUUGGCGCGGGUUUCUGCUGAGCACAAGCUGCCCACUCAAGGCAACGAUAUACGCUGAAUGGCAUGAUGACCGCUUAUUCCCAUGGCUCCACUACGUGCCGUUCGAUAACACAUUUACGGACAUUUACGCAAUUAUGGACUACUUUUUGAACGGGCAUGACGCCGAAGCUAGAUUCAUUGCUGAGGAAGGUAAGAAGUGGGCUGAAAAGGUGUUACGGAGGGAAGAUAUGAGGCUUUACGUCUGGAGAUUAUUAUUAGAAUAUGCAAGAGUGGUUGAUCCUCAAAGAGACAGACUGGGCUUUGUUACGGACAUGGUAGGUAGAUCAUAG